CUAGAGAAUUGAAGCAGCUGUCUAAACUCCAAAUAAAAAUUGAUCCGGAAAUAGUGGUUUCCUGCUGCAAUUAAUCCACUUUGGGACGUAAAUCAGAUCUUCGUACUGGAAAUGGCUUCAAGUUGUGCCACUCAUCCCUCCUCUUUGCCACUCCCACAGACGCCUCUCUGCCGCCACCCUCGGCGCUCGCCGCCGUUCAACUUCCAACAGAAGGUGAAUCUCAAUUUCGGGACAUCACCGCUCAACAGGAGCCCGAGAUCUCUACCCGCCUCCCGUUUGCGCGUAUCCUGUCUACGUGCCUCCAAAGCUGCAGUUGUCACGGGCAAGUCGUGGGACAAAUUGGUUCUGACGAGUGAUACACCUGUACUCGUCGAGUUCUAUGCUAGUUGGUGUGGGCCCUGCCAGAUGGUCCACAGGGUGGUCGAUGAAAUAGCAGCCGAAUAUUCUGGCAAAAUUAAAUGUUUCGUUCUGCAUGCAGACACGGACGUACAAAUUGCAGAAAACUAUGAUAUCAAGGCAGUCCCGGUGGUCUUGCUGUUUAAAAAUGGACAGAAAUUUGAUUCGAUCAUCGGUACCAUGCCCAAGGAAUUCUAUGUGGCUGCCAUUGAGAGGCUCUUACCGGGCACAGUUGGCUAUUAAAACUUCAAGUUGGUUUUUAUGACUUAUGAUAUGGUUUUUUUCCCUUCUUCCUAAGAAGCGAAUCUCGUGCCUAUCGAGUUAGCGUAAAAUAAGUUGGCACUUAGACUGUGCUGAAUCCCCCUACUAUGAUAGGUGUGACAAGAACAUGCAGGGAAGUCAUUUAAAUCUGCAUAAAGUAUUCAGAAGGAGCCAAAAGAUGCACUGAAACCCAAGGGCUGGAAUCUUUCAGUUUCCCCAGAUAUGGUAUUGUAAACCACUCCACUCUUCCUCUCUUACUUCUUUUCUAUUUACUCAAUCUCUGUGUCAUAUAUGGCUUCUCAAGUCUUACCUUUUUCUUGGAGUAUAUGUUAUAAUGUUAAGAGGAGAGAGAAUUGCUAUCGAUUGAACGACUCCUAAGUCGAUACAAAGCCAUGUGAGUAGAGUUUAAUGAAGACAUGUGCUACCGAUUGAACGACUCCUAAGUCGAUACAAAGACAUGUGCUAUCGAUUGACAACAUCUUUAUGCUCAUUUUCUGCUUAUAAUGUGCUAAUUUAAGGCCAUGCUUAAGGUGUGUAGA